AUGGCCACCAACACCAAGUACCAGCCUGCGCCGCAGCAAGACCCGGACGACUACACGCAAGCGCCACCCGCCUACGCAGAGGGCUCCUCAUCGCGCGACGAAAGCCAAGGUCUCUUCGGACCACCUCGCAGCAGCGAAGACAACCUGCCCGAUGACUUCAAAUUCGGAGGCUCCGUGGCCGAAGCGACCGUCGACAUCCGCAACCAGUUCGUCCGCAAGGUAUACACCAUCCUGACGGUGCAGCUGGCCGUCACCGCCGCCGUCAGCGGCCUCACCUUCUUCAGCGACGCCUACCGGACAUGGAUCCAGUCCCACCCCGGCGUCGUCUGGGUAUCUCUCAUCGGUGCCCUGGUCUUCAUGGGCCUGACCUACUGGAAGCGCAAGUCCUACCCCACGAACCUGCUCUUCCUCUCGCUCUUCACCCUGGCCGAGGCGUACUCCAUCUCCGUCAUCGUCUCCUUCUACAAGACGUCCAUUGUUCUCAACGCCGUCAUCCUAACGGCCGGCAUCUUCGUCUUCCUCACGCUCUUUGCAUGCCAGACCAAAUACGACUUCACCUCAUGGAUGCCCUACCUAUUCGGCGCUCUCUGGGCCCUGGUCCUCUUCGGCUUCAUGGCCAUGUUCUUCCCGUACAACUCUACCGCCGAGCUCAUCUAUGGAGGCGUCGCCGCCCUCAUUUUCAGCGGGUACAUCCUUGUCGAUACGCAGCUUGUCAUGCGCCAUCACCAUGUCGAGGAGGAGAUUGCCGCCGCAAUCAGCUUGUAUUUGGACAUUAUCAACUUGUUCCUUGCCAUUUUGCGCAUUUUGAACAGCCAGUCCAACAACUAG